ACUGCCAAACUCCGGGAGGUGUUUUUCGUUGCGUCAUUUCUCUCUGGUUUUUGGCUAUGCUACCAAAAUUAUAACACUGCGAUGGCCUUUUCAUCAGUGGCUUCGAAUUUCCUGUCCCCUUCCUCUGGAGUUUCUCCUUCACAAUCUCUGUUCUUUCUUGAAUUGGGUGCACAGACCCGUUCGUUACAAAGCUUCAGACCUCGGAAACUUAGAAUUUCGUGCUGUCAGAAAACGGUUCAGCUCGAAAAUGAAACAAAGCAAAAGGCUUAUCCGGUGAAAAAGAAGAGAAAGCCCAGGCCAAGUUUUCUUGAACAAGUUCAGAGCAAAUGGUCCAUCAGAACCCCGCCUUUGAGGGAAAAUUUUCCUUGGCAGGAAGAAGAAAGUGGUGGUACAAAUCAAGAAUUUGAAGCACAGAGGUCAGUGUUUUCCAGGGAUGUUUCUUCUGAAGAAGAAAGUGAAAAAAGCAGUUGUGUGAGUGAGCCAGAGAGAUCUCAGAGAAUUAAUAAGUCAAUUUUAGCUCCUUGGGUUCAUGGAAAUGGGAGAAAAAAUGUGUUCAAUUCUGAGGGUUCGAGAAAUAUUCAAGAAAAUGUUCAUCCAAAAGACGACGGCCUUCAUGGGAUUCAAGAACAUUGGCCGAAUGAGGACCCUUUGGUCAGUGUUGUCGUGGGCUAUGAGGAUUUGGUAAAGGAAGUGACAGAAAAUGGCAGAAGUGAAGAAGAAGUUGGCGAAUUUGAUGAUAUCCCAAUUGGAUUGUCGGAGAAAAAUGAGAUUUUGGGUAAUGAGGAGAGUGAAGAUUUUGCCGCUAUGGAGGACUUAUCAACUAUCUCUCUAGAAAUCAGUAGUGAGAAGUGUUCUAAUGAUGCAAAUGAUUUAAUGAGAUUACCAUGGGAGAGGAAGAUUGAUGAGGAAUUUGUGAAAGAGGAGAAGUCAAGGAAUAGGAACACAGAGUUGGCAGAGAGAUUAAUACCCGAGCCAGAGUUAAAGAGGCUUAGAAAUGUUUCGUUGAGAAUGGUGGAGAGAAUGAAAGUUGGAGCAGCUGGUGUGACACAGGCAUUGGUUGAUGCUAUCCAUGAGAAGUGGAAGCAUGAGGAAGUGGUGAAAUUAAAAUUUGAAGGUCCUCCUUCGAAGAACAUGAGGAGAACACACGAAAUUCUUGAGAGUAGAACUGGAGGUUUGGUAAUAUGGAGAUCUGGAAGUUCAGUAGUCUUAUACAGAGGGAUGACGUACAAGCUUGAUUGUGUAAAAUCAUAUAGCAAGCAUGUUCAAGGUGAUGCUGGAGCAUCAGGGUCUUCUCAAGAAGAUUCUCCUGAAAGCAUCAAAGUUAAACGCCUAAAUGGAGCUGCAGAAUCAUUCGGAGUGUAUAACUCAAAGUAUUAUAACAGUUUAUCUCAAGAAGAACAAAUGGAUUUAAGUGAGCUUGACCUUCUGUUGCAUGAGCUUGGCCCAAGGUUCAUAGAUUGGUCGGGUCGUGAACCACUUCCUGUUGAUGCGGACUUACUGCCAGCUGUUGUUCCUGGAUUUAAGAGUCCAUUUAGACUUCUUCCUUAUGGGACUAGACAAGCUUUGCGAGAUAAAGAAAUGACUUAUUUACGUAGGACAGCAAGAUUACUGCCUCCACAUUUUGCCCUUGGGAGAAACAGAGAUCUGCAAGGUCUUGCGAUGGCCAUGGUAAAGUUAUGGGAAAAGAGUGCUAUUGCAAAAAUAGCCAUCAAGCGUGGUGUUCCAAAUACUUCCAAUGAAAGGAUGGCCGAAGAACUCAAGAUAUUGACUGGAGGAACGCUAGUUUCCAGGAAUAAAGAAUUUAUUGUCUUCUACAGGGGCAAUGACUUCUUGCCUCCUGGUGUUUCUAGUGCAUUAAUUGAAGCAGAGAGAUCAACGGCCCUCCAACAGGAUGAGGAAGAGCAGGCUCGGCAAAGAGCUGCAAUGCUGAUUGAUCCAAAAGCCAAAGCAUCUAAACAGCCAUUAGUUGCAGGGACUCUUGCUGAGACUAUCGCAGCAACCUCACGAUGGGGGACCCACCCUAACAGUGCAGAAAAGGAGAAGAUGAUGAGAGAUGCAGCUGUAGCUAGACAUGCUUCUAUGGUCGACUCUCUUCAGCGGAAGUUAGCUAUUGCAAAAAGUAAGAUCGGGAAGGCUGAGAGGGCCUUGCAAAAAGUGUUACAGAAUCAAGAGCCAGAGAGUCUACCCACAGAUCUGGAAACAUUAACCGACGAGGAAAGAUUUUUGUUUCGUCGGAUUGGUUUGAGCAUGAAACCUUAUCUGCUUUUAGGGAGGCGAGAGGUUUUUGAUGGUACUAUAGAAAAUAUGCACUUACACUGGAAGUACCGGGAGUUGGUGAAAAUAAUUGUAGAACGCAAAACUUUUUCACAAGUCAAGCAUAUUGCAGUCUCGCUGGAAGCCGAGAGUGGCGGGGUGUUGGUAUCCAUGGACAAAACUACCAAAGGCUAUGCUAUAAUAGUCUAUCGUGGAAAAAAUUACCAACGCCCUCUUACAUUUAGGCCGAGAAAUCUUCUCACAAAAAGACAGGCCUUAGCCCGUUCUAUUGAACUUCAGCGACGCGAGGCACUAAAGCACCACAUCCUGGAACUUGAAGAAAACCUUGAGAAGCUAAAGCAGGAGCUAGAAGAAAUGGUGACUGCAAAUAAUAAUGGCGGGGAGGCCUUGGCUUUGAGGACCGAUGCAGCUGCAUCUGAUUGCAAUGAUGAUGAAGAUGAGGAGACGGAGUACAAUUACGAGAGUUCCUAAGGACGAGUCCCUUGGUACAAGAUCGACGCUUUUGUUGGGCAAGGAGACGGAAAGAAGAUACGGGACAAGAUGUACAUAAAAUCCCAUGCUCAAAACGAAGACACGUUCUUAUGCAUUCUAACAGGGUUGGUCCUUGGAAAAUAGGAACGUUUUGUGAAGUCAUCCAAUGCCUCGAUGUUUUGGGCUAUCAGGACAGGUAGCUUAAAUGUUUGGCUCUUCACAAUUUCUGAAUGAGAUUUACUACAACUAUUGUGAAUAGAGCAACGGAAACGGACUAAAUCGCCAUAUCUUUCUGAAAGAAAUGGUGCAUUUCAAGUUUCUUGCACAGAAUGUUUGUGGUUUUAGUGAUGCAUUCUACUCAUUUUGGUGGGAUAAUUGCAAAAAAAGGUCCCUACUAAUUCACCUCUGCUAUAGCUAAUUUAGGCCUCGUUUGGGAACUGGGAAAGGAUAGGUAAAGUAAAA